AUGUCGAAUUCCGCCCUGCAGGAGAAGUUCCUCCAGCCGGAGGAUGUAGAAUGUGACUUGUGUGACUUCGGCACAGAGUCAGAGAAAAACGAAGAAAGACGCGACAGAGAGAAAGACGAGAAAGAUCGAGAAAGGAGCGAGAGAGCCGAUUCACGAUGUGCGAAGGAAGCUGACGCGAAGGCGAAGGCAUUGCAGGAAACAAAGCACGAGAACCAAACACGGAAAGAUCAUAACCAAAAGCACGCUGCCACAUUUCGUGAAGAUCGUCCCGAUCGUGGCGAGCCCGGAGCAAAUGCAAAUGGAGCCAAUGUCUCUGCCCUGACAGACUCCAUCGAUGCCAUUGACAAUCCAAUUGGCUUGCUGCAGAAUCUGGUUGCCAGACAUUUAUGUCGCCCAGUCGUGAAGGGGGACGUCGAGUAUGCCUUUGAGCAGUUGGACAGUGGAAGCUUCGUUGCAAGCGUCUCAGUGGCAGCUCUGGAGCCUAUCGCCGGUUAUCCCGAGCUGAAGAAGGCGAGUGCAAAGAAGUCUGCAGCCAGGGAGGCUUUGGUUUACUUUGAGCAAUUUGAGCACUUUCAGGAUUUAGAGAAAGUCGCUAUAUCGAAGCAAAGAACCGGCAAAGCAGGUGGUCUUGAUGAGGUGCAGGAAAUGGCGCGUCGCAAGGAGCCAAACAAUAAGAUACAUUCGACACAGUCAACUGAGUCAACUGUACACAGAGAAGUCUCGAAUGGGGACAAUCGAGAGAAACAAAAUCAAAGAAGUCACCACUCCGCCGGGCAUGUCGGACACUCGAUCGGACACUCGAUCGGACAGCCGAUCGGACAGCCGAUCGGACACUCCGCCAAAGUCCUCAAAGCCAAAGGUGCCUCAGGUGAAGCCAGCUUCCUGGAGCCUGAAGACGCCAAAGGAAAAAGGCAAACAGCCUCGCGAUCCGAAAAAAAAGCGAAGGUCUCAAAAGCCCAAGUAAAGAUCUUCCAGAAGCUAGGCGUAUCCGUAGCGAAUCCGGUAGGUGUACUCAAUGAAAAGAUUGCAGCAAUUGUCCGGAGACAGGUGACGCAGGAUGACAUAUCCUACAGCUUUGAGACUGUCGGGCAGCAGUUCACGUGCACAGUGUCAGUUGACCUCGAGUCACUGGGAAUUGGUCAAGAAGUGUUGCAAGCAUCUAGCGAGCCUGUCGCCAACAAGCGUGAGGCAAAGAUUCUUGCUGCUGAUGCGCUUCUUUCCUCCGACGUGUCGGACUUCCAGCUACCAAGGAAUCAGCAAACCCAUCUUGAACCCGUCGAAGCUGUCGAAGCUGUCGAAGCCGAAGCCAUGUCACUGCUGUACGAAAUAGUGCAGCUUUUACUCAGGCGAGAUCCAACUGAGGAUGACAUCAUCUACACGGUGGAGGAGCUGGAGGAAGGUUUUGUUGCGACAGUGAAAAUUCCCAUCAUGCAGCGGUUGCCAGCGUGUCAGGGAGAAGUAGCAGCAACCAGGACAGAGGCAAAGACUCUGGCAGCCGAAGCAGCCUUGCUCUCCAUCCGCGAAGCUUGA